GAGCGUUUACCUGAGCUAGAUCUUGGAGCCCCCAAGAGCAAAGCGGGCCCCGCCGAUCCAGCCCGUCUCAUCUCCUCAUCACGGCCGCGGAUGGACCUUGCCAAGGAGGCUUCUCUGCCCCGUCGUUGGAGCGGCCGGCCCGGCCCGAACAAGCCUUGGCGUUUGUUACCCUUUGCCGCGGUGGAGGCGACGGAGAGGAUCGGGGGAGUUCGGGGCUCCCUCACUUGGAUUACUUGGCAGCUCCAUUGCUUGGUUUCCUGAUCGCUUCUCUCCUUCCCCCCCUCCUGCCGCCGCCCGACUUCGUCGGUCUCCCUCCCCUCAGCCUCCCCAACAAUGGAGAAGCCCCUGGGAACCUUAGUCCAAGCGGGUGCUUGGUGGACAGGAGCAAUGACGUCCAAGUACCUCUUCCUGGGUCUGGCCCUCUUCUCUGCCCUCAGCCACGUGGUGAUAGAAGCCAGCUCUUGGUGGUCUCUGGGUAUGAACCACAUGAAUCCUAUGAACCCUGUUCAGAUGCCAGAAGUAUACAUCAUUGGAGCCCAGCCAUUGUGCAGCCAGUUGGCCGGGCUCUCUCAAGGACAAAAGAAACUCUGUCACUUGUACCAGGACCACAUGCAGUACAUUGGCGAGGGAGCAAAGACAGGAAUCAAGGAAUGCCAGUACCAGUUCCGCCAUAGAAGAUGGAAUUGUAGCACGGUGGAUAAUAACUCUGUUUUUGGCAGAGUCAUGCAGAUAGGGAGCCGAGAGACCGCCUUCACAUAUGCUGUCAGCGCAGCUGGGGUAGUGAAUGCCAUGAGCCGUGCCUGCCGAGAGGGGGAGCUUUCUUCCUGUGGCUGUAGCCGUGCUUCCAGGCCAAAAGACCUACCUCGGGACUGGCUGUGGGGUGGCUGUGGGGACAACAUUGAUUAUGGCUACCGCUUCGCCAAGGAGUUUGUGGAUGCCCGUGAGCGCGAGAGAAUAUAUCAGAAAGGAACUUAUGAGAGUGCUCGGAUCCUGAUGAACAUCCAUAACAACGAGGCAGGGAGGAGA